AUGACGGAGACCCACACUGCUCGAGAUGCUCCCCCAAAUCAUCAUGUUGAAUCCGGCCAGCCGAUAACACCUAGCAUUGCUAGCACUGUCAAACCGCGCAAAGCCCUUCUAAACCGUUUCAUCACCCUAUCGAAUGCGGAAGAUGAAGAGGAGGAUAUGAGGGCAGAAUUGCAAUAUGCCCAAAAAAGGGGAAUCUUAUAUACUGAGUUAGAUAGUCAAAAGAAGGAAAUCCAGAGGCUUGUAGCUUCUCAUUGUGGAUUGGCAUGCCCCGACCUGGUACAAGUUCCAAAAAUGGUCGAGCAAGUCAACAACAAGCUUGUGUGGCUACAUGGAAGCUUCAACGUGUGUAUCCCUGUACAUAUCAAUAACUCUGGACAAUCACUCCCUGCAAAAAUGGCAUUCAGGGUGCCUUUGCCAUAUAAGAUUGGUGAAGAAGAAUUCCCUGGCAAUGCGGAGGAGAAGAUACGAUCCGAGGCUGCAACAUACAUCUGGAUCAAUGAGAAUUGUCCGGAUUUACCAAUUCCAAAGCUACGAGGGUUUGGAGUACCUGGUGGUCUCAGUACCCAGAAUCUUUAUCGAAGUAUGGCAAGAGUUAUGAUCUCUCUCACUAAGGUUCCACAGCCUCGAAUCGGCUCUUGGACGAUUGAUAAUGACGGCCGAAUCAGCCUAUCCAAUCGCCCCAUGCUCUGUCAUCUCCACCAACUGGAGAACUGGGCUAUCCCAUCCGGUAUCGCGCGGAAUAUGACCUACACAAGUUCUGAUAGCUUCUAUCUUGAUUUACUCGCAAGUCAUGAUAAUCGUCUCCAAUAUCAAAGAAAUGCUGCCUAUAGCGAAGAAGAUGCACGUGCACAAGCUAAGGAUCUAGUGCUAAUGAGAGCAUCACUCCAUAAAUUUACUGAUCGGUAUCUCCACAAUGGUCCAUUCAUCAUGCAGUUGACAGAUAUGCAUGCCAGCAAUAUCUUCAUUGACAAGGACUGGAACAUCAAACACAUCAUUGAUCUUGAAUGGGCGUGCUCUCUGCCUCUGGGGGACCUAUUGCCUCCAUUUUGGCUAACAGGAAUGGGUGUGGAUCAAAUCAAAGGCCCAGAGUAUGAGCGGUUUAGGGCGAGCUACGAGAAAUUUACGGAAAUAUUCGAACAAGAGGAGACGGGCAUACCGCUACCUCACAACGGAAAUCUCUACUCUCGGGCCAUGGCCAUGAGGAGUGCUCUAGAGGAUGGUCGAUACUGGUACUUGAAUGCGUUGCAGACCCCAAAGGGUUUGUUCAAUCUUUUCAGGACGCAUCUUGAGCCGUUUUAUGAUAAGGUGCCUAAAGAGUCCCUGUGCGCGGCUGUAUCGCCAUUUUGGACACCUGGAAUGACUUCAUUUGUGAAUUUGAAGCUGAAAGAGUUUACUCAAUACCGCCAAGAGGUCCGUGAUAUCUUCAAUAGUGGAAAGAGUGGACGACCAUAUUAUUAG